AGAUAUAAACAGUCUUCUUUUAAAGCUCCGACGCCACCUUUAGACGCGAAUCUAGCUCCCUCUCCUAAUUUUCACGGUAGGUUUGGUAAUGGCGACAGUACCAGGACAAUUAAUCUGGGAGAUUGUUAAGACCAACAACUGUUUCUUGGUCAAACAGUUCGGAAGAGGCAACGCCAAGGUUCAGUUCAGCAAGGAGACCAACAAUCUCUGCAACCUUAACUCCUACAAGCACUCUGGUCUUGCAAACAAGAAGACAGUGACCAUCCAGCCUGCUGACAAAGAACAAGGUGUUGUCCUCGCCACCACCAAGACCAAGAAGCAGAACAAGCCUAAGGUUUCUGUCAACAAGUCCAUCCUGAAGAAGGAAUUCCCCAGGAUGUCCAAGGCUGUUGCUAACCAGGUGGUAGACAACUACUACAGGCCAGACUUGAAGAAAUUUGCUCUUGCUAGACUCAGUGUCAUCAGCAAAAGCCUUAGGGUUGCCAAGUCCGGUGCCAAGCAAAGAAACCGUCAAGCUUAAUCUUUUUUUUUUCAGAAUCUAAGUGUUUGAAGUAGAAGAUUUUGCGACGAGGUUUAUUAAGCUGCUUUUGUUGAAGUUGAAUCAUACCAUUGUGUUCUUUUUCAUUAUCUUAAAAGGAGUUGAAUCAUAGCACUACGCGUAUGUUUCUUGUGUGCUUAUGAUAUGCAUUUUUUGUUAAAUCUUUUUAUCAAAUGGAGAACUUGAUUAAACCUUGAGCUUAUAUUUUAGCCUUGUUCGUUAA